GCCUCACCAAUUAUUGUUCGAGAUAUAUACCCGACUACAGCAGCCUAACCUUCCAAAUUCGACAGCUUACAAAGAAGAAUGUCACGUUUCACUGGGAUCACAGUCACGAGAAAGCAUUCCAGUCACUGAAGAAUGCCAUCACCACUUCACCGGUAUUAGCUCAUUACAAUCUUACUGCGGAAACUAAAGUCGUUGUAGAUGCAUCGCCAUGGGCACUGGGUGCCGUACUUCUCCAGAAACAAGCCGACGACAAUUAUCGACCAAUCGCGUAUGGUAGCAGAUCGCUAACAGAUGUCGAACAGAAGUAUUGUCACAUAGAGAAAGAAGGAUUAGCAAUC